CAUAUCUUUCACCUCUAGCAUUUCGUACGGCGCGUAGUUUUAGUUUUUAGCUGAUUCAACGUACAAGUUUUAAGGUUAUUUGUUCGCAAGAAGAAGAUCCGAUGGACUUUGAUGACGCGAAGGAGAAUAUCCAGCCGUUGGCCAGCGGUCGGAACGUAAGCCUGCUGCAAGCCUCUCUCACUCAGGACACCGCCCACAGUCAAGAACUGCUGGCGCAUCGCAAGCAAUUAGAAGAGGAGGUGCGCACCUACGCAGGCGAGGAUCCGCUGGGAGCCUGGUAUAAUUACAUCUGCUGGAUUGAGCAGAGCUACCCGGCAGGGGGCAGUGGCUCCGGUCUUCAGGCGGCCCUUUAUCAGUGUCUCACCAAAUUCGAAGAGGAAGAGCGCUACCGCCAGGACAAACGGCUUAUUAAGCUCUUUAUUAAAUUUAUGGAGAGUCAAAAGGACCAGAUCGAGUUUUACCAGCAGAUGUAUAACAACGGGAUCGGAACAAUGCUGGCGGAUUUUUACAUUGCAUGGGCCUACAGCUACGACCUAAGCGGCAACAUGCGCAAAGCGGACGAGAUCUUCCGUUUGGGACUCGAGUGCCGUGCCGACCCGCUGGAUGAGCUCAUGGAGGCACAUCAGCACUUCGGCUAUACAGUCGGCCAGCGCAUGCUCUACACCGCCGGCGAGGAGGCCAACGCGGUAAACCAGGAGCUAAACGAGCGACGGCUGGCGCUGCAAUCGCUGCACGGUCGCCGCGAUCAGAAAUCGAACAUGAUUACUGUGGGGAGUAUCCGCACCGGACAGGCGGUUAAGAGCGGCUUGCCAGACGUUGUUCAGACUGAUGCUCAAAGCACAAGCGGGAGGACUAAUGCCGUUCGCAACGUGGAGGUGUUUAACGACGAAAACACUGGGACGAAAAUACCGCGGCCUAUAUCCGAGGUGGAAGUAAAGUCUAGCUUGCGUUCGAUCAUCGACGCAACUCGCGGACAGGAGAAUAUAAAGGAACCUGUAGCCUGGAACAAGGCAAAUGCAAAACGCCACAAAAAUGGCAAGAUCUUUUGGAGAAACACCUCUUCGGGCAUGGGCUUCGACAUACACUUAGAUGAACAACUAAUGCCACCCAUCACAAAUUACGAGGCCCGCCUGGAGCAGCCUUUCAAGGUCCCGACAAACUUUGUGUCCAAAAACAAACCUCAGGAGCCCUGGGUGACCCCAGUUACCAUAGAAGACGAGCCGAAUGCAAAUGGUCUGCCUUGCUACAAUAAGUGCCUCCUUUAUCCGCGUCCCAAUCUCGAAUUCUCCCCCGAGGAGUACCGUGCCUACGCCCAUUUGAAACGCGAGAAUCUACAGCAUCCGUAUGUCCAGCUAAACGAUGAGUGGUGGGGCGCUGGCCGGGUCCUUAAAGGAAUUCGCUGUUACCCGAAUUUCGCUAGGUCUUCGAAGCCGCAGCCGCGCGACGAGUUAGACAACUUUUGGAAGCCCCCGCCGGUGCCUGGCCUUCAGGUUGUCUUUAACAAUCUCUACAACGACGAGGAGCAGCAGGAAUACCAAACAGAGGAGCUGUUGACAUCCAAGUGGCUACAAACUCGUAAUGUGACAGUUCAUGGUGCCUUCGACAUGGAAGAAACCGUGUGUUUGCCUGGUAACAAGAUGCCACGGCGAAAAAGUUUUUUCCCCUCUUCUUCCAGAAAAUCCAUGAUGCCGCACAGGGUUUCCUUUGUUCAGGAGGAGAAUGAGGAAGAAGCUACAGUGGUCGUAAGAGAAUCGUCUUUGUCGCCGCCACCUGUUAUAUCCAAGUCGCCUGGUCCAUCUGAGCAGAAAGCAGAACCAGAAAUAAAAAUGUUUAAGGAUUCUAUCGAAUAUUUCGAUAACCAUUUUGCGGUACCAGCUCCUCCUGUACGUAAGAUAGAGAUCUAUCAAGACUCAGAAGAGCCGCAGCCAACAACAAAUAAUAAGUCACUAAAUGUCGAGCCGCUUUUUGACGUGAAUGAGACUUGCUCCACGCAAAUUUUCAACAUGUUCAUUGAGUCACAGGCUGUUAGUACGCCAAUGGGCACACAGAAGCAAGCACCAUCUCGUCAUUUUGGAACCAUUCUCAGAGAACUAGCACCACCAGAGGACACAGUUUCUGCUCCUGCCGUCGAAUCUCCAGUAGAGUUACGGAAGCAGCUAUCCACCAUACUAGAGACCUCUGAGCAUGCCACUCAAAGCUUGGCGACUAGCGGCGCUGCCACCAAGUCGACCAUUACCUCAUCAUUUUCGCCCGGAUCAAACACUUAUUCGAAAGUUCUCAGCAAGAAUGAAGAGGGCACUCCUGGACAAAUGCGCGUGCAUCGAGGAGUUGGUCUAGGGCCUUCAGCGGUCGUCGUGGAACCGGAAAAACAGGGUGGCGACAAUUUUACCCGUCGCGAGUUAUGGGAACCCAAUGUUCCUAGCGUGGCGAUGCUAAAGUCCCUGCGCGUCCAGGAGGAUAAGACAGAGACUAUCCCCAGACCUUUGGCGUGCUUCCAGGAAGACAAAACUGAAACGUUGCCACGAGCGCCACACGCUCCGGUCUGUUUCCAGGAAGAUAAAACCGAAACGCUGCCACAAAUUCCAUCUGCUAUUCCUGAGAUGUCUAUACUUCAGCACUCGGUGGUUGUUGGAAAAUGUUUAUCCCCACCACAAAUACCUACUCUGGAUGAUGAAAACGACUUGUGUGUAUUAUUUGGAAAGACACCGCUGAAGACUAAUACUAUUGGCUCUCCAAAACGAAAUUCUGACCAAGCCGCUCCCCAUUUUUAUAAGGUGCUAAAAGGCACACAGAAUGCAAUAACCUCCUUUGCUGUGGCCAGCAAUACCGCAGCUACGCCAAGAAACGGAAAGCUGGAGGAUUCCAUUAUGACCAACCUUUCCUUUGUGCCCGAGGCACGGCCUAAGGCCAAGUCAGAAACGGAGGCCGUUCUAGAUAAGUUUGAAAUCUUUCUCGACGAGACGCAACCAGAGGUAACUGAUCCAAAAACAGUAUCAUCAAUUGGAUCCAGUUUUGUUUUGGACUGCACCCUGCCGAAAACGCAACAUCCAGUACAUAAGGAUCCAGUUAAAAACCAGGAAACUAUUGGGCAGUCCCACAUGAUUGCUUCGUUCAUGAAGGAUUGCACAGAAUUAAGCAGCUGCCCUCCAUCGGUGCCAACCCCGAUUGUGGCAACUAAUCCCAAAUGUAAUUCGAAUAAAGUCAUGUUUUCCACCGACUUCAUGAAUGAAUCUAUUAGAAAACCUACGCCGAACGACGAAUUGAGCUAUUCAAAGCCACCUGACAACUUUUUUGAGCUGAACGCAGCCACAGAGAUGUUUGCUACCAAUAUUAGCAUGAUUAAAAAUUCUACGCUUCUCGUCCCGCCUGUAGUAUUAAACCCUUCUGCUGGAGCAAGGGAAGUAUCGGACUUAAGCAUUUACUACAAAACAACACCAUUAACGCCGAAGCAGUCGCAUCAUUCCUGGUCGCAGUCUGAUUUAGAAACAUCUCCGCGGGAGCAAUAUGUCCACCCAAAGUCGAUCGCAGAUCUCUCUGUGUUAAACGAUACAUUGGCCGACGCCAAUAGGAACCCUUUCAACGUAGAGCUUAUCAGCUCAUUGCUGGAAUCAAUAGACUUCACCAUGUACAUCGAGAAGCUCCCCCACUGUCAGCUGGUGGGUCACGUCAAGCGACUACAUCCAAACACCCAGCUGGAGGUACAAAACGAGAAGUUCGAGGUGUCCAAGUUGAUAGGCAAGGGAGCUUACGGUUCAGUUUAUGCAGGACGGAAUGUCGAGUCUGGCAGGAAGGUCGCUUUCAAGCAGGAACGUCCAACCAACUACUGGGAGUUCUACAUAUGCCUGGAGAUUCAUAGCCGUUUAACAAGUGAGCAAAUGAUCCCAGCAUAUGCACAUAUCGAUUAUGCCCUGGUGGGAAACAAUUCCAGCAUAUACAUUUCGGAAUUUUCAGACUAUGGAUCACUAAUCGGCGUUUGCAACAAGGUUAAGAGUAUUACCAGCAGGAACAUAGACGAGUAUGUGGUAAUGCAUUUGAGCUGUCAGAUGCUCGACAUUGUGGAUCAUCUGCACGCCAUGGGUAUCAUUCAUGCCGACAUAAAGCCGGACAACUUUCUGCUACUGAGGCCGCUAGAUGCGGAUCCCAACAAUGUGAGUCUGCAGCUUAUUGACUUCGGUGUGUCUAUAGACACUAAGUUCUUUCCGAAAAAUUACACAUUUAAUUAUGUCCAUCACGAUGAUCUGUUUAAGUGCAUUGAAAUGCGAACCCAGCGACCGUGGACUUAUCAGCUGGAUUUAUUUGGUCUUGUAAGCGUUAUGCAUGUGCUGCUUUUCGGGCGCUAUAUGGAAGUGACUCAACGAACUCCAAGCCCAAUUUGGAUGCCGAAGACAACCGUGCCUCGCUACUUUCAGCGGCAAAUGUGGGAGAACAUCUUCCGAACACUGCUUAACAUUAGAGACUGCCGCACCAUGCCCAAUCUACAGCAAUUACGUACGCAGCUUAAGUCUGCGCUAGCUGAGAAGGAAAAAUAUGUCGGAGAGGCCAUAAGCAAGUUCAAUACGACACUACAAAAAUAGCUUGAUUCACAAAUUUUUUGUAUCAGCUAUUCUUAUUUUUUACUACACAAUAAAAACAAUAAAUUUUAAAAUAGUUAUUAGGCAA